UUCCUUCUUCACUCCAGUGGGUGGCCAGCAUCGACGUGGUGGAGAAUGACGAGGCCAGCGCGAGUGUCGUCGUUAGAAUGACAGACUCGUUUACCGAGCAGGCUGACCAGGUGACUGCUGAUGUCGGGAAGCUCCUGGGUGAAGAGAAGGUGGACGCCAUCCUUUGUGUGGCUGGAGGCUGGGCUGGGGGCAAUGCCAAGUCCAAGUCUCUCUUCAAAAACUGCGACCUCAUGUGGAAGCAGAGCAUGUGGACAUCCACCAUCUCCAGCCACCUGGCCACCAAGCACCUCAAGGAUGGAGGCCUCCUGACCUUGGCGGGUGCCAAGGCCGCCCUGGACGGGACUCCUGGGAUGAUCGGCUACGGCAUGGCCAAGGGCGCCGUCCAUCAGCUGUGCCAGAGCCUCGCGGGGAAGAACAGCGGCAUGCCGCCCGGGGCUGCGGCCAUCGCGGUGCUCCCAAUCACCCUCGACACCCCGAUGAACAGGAAGUCCAUGCCCGAGGCCGACUUCAGCUCCUGGACGCCCUUGGACUUCCUCGUGGAAACCUUCCAUGACUGGAUCACAGAGAAAAACCGGCCAAGCUCAGGGAGCCUGAUCCAGGUGGUGACGACGGAGGGGAAGACGGAACUUACCCCCGCGUAUUUUUAAGCUUCCUCUCAGUGCCUGUGAGGGGCCUGCCAGAAAAGUCAGCGUAUCUCAGUGUAGCCGCGUCUGGCCCCGUGUUUUCUGUAGUCCUGUUUGUGGUUCGAGAUGGUGACACCUGUUUUUCUCUCACCUAAUGUGCAUUUGCUUUCCUAAGACAAAAUGUAAAUGUAAAGUGUUCAUGUGAAAUAGAACCGUGUGUGGGGAGGCCUACAGGUGGCGCUGUGGUCCAUCUGUAUUAACCACAUAGGUUUGGGCCCCUCUGGGUCGGGGUCAUGUUGAGUGGCUUUUGAAACUGUUUAUCUGCCCCUGAGAGUGGCUGUCGGCUUGACUGGUUCAGAGAUUUGUUGGCAUUGGGGACAUUUGAGUGUUAUGUUUCUGUCACAGAUGUAGUUUUUGCAGCGUUGAAUUAAACUGCCUUAAAACUCCUUUUGUGGUGUAAGCGAAAUCCAUGGACUCUGUCAGGCAUCUUUUCCCUGUGUGGUCGCCACUCGUGAUGACUUGGAGUUAUCUUCCUAAUAAAUGCACUUCGUUGAUUGUG